GUUCACUUUUGCUUCGCAUCUCUUGCAAGAUGGAAAUUGAAACAGUUUCCAUCAAUGAUGAUGGCAGCCAAACUCUGAGUGUGCCUUCUCCAGUGCAGACAGAGCCAGGAGCAAGUGACAAAGACGCAAGUCGCGAUGACGACGAUGUAUCCCUUCCUGAAUCUGUCAACAGUGAGAUUGAGAAUGACAUGACAUCCUGCUGCAAACAACAGUGCGCCACAAAAUUUCAAAAAGAAGAGAUCCAGACCUACAAAAUGCAAUGGGAGGAAGGCAACCCGGACAGAAAACAGAUCCAAGAUCGCAAAUUUGAAUGCCUCAAGCAAAUGUUCCAAAAGAAUGAUGAAGAGUCGCAAAAGAAAGGGAUCCAAUGGUCUUUCAAAGAUCAAAAAGUUUGCCGCAGGUUUUGGCAAACGGUGCAUUCCAUGAGUUCAAGCAAAGUGGACAAAUGGUUGAAACUUUGCAGAAAUGGGCAAUUGACAUUGCCAAAGCCAAGUCCUAGGGCUCCCAAACCAGAGCCCACAACGGACCGUGUCGGCUUGUGGUUUCUGGAUGUUUACUGCAACGUUGCCGAGCCCCUAGCUGUGGAGGGCUCUGAAGACCGAAUGCCUUCAUACAGUGAACCCAAAAUGGUGCAGCAACAUGAGAUCGUGGAUGGCACUUCACAUCCACUGAUGUCUUUGUCCUUUCUAGCAGGCGCGGGGAGAAAUGAGGAGCGAAUUGCUGGGAAGCGCUUUGUGAAUUGUUCCACCCUCUUGGAGUUUUAUCGUUUUUACAAGGCAGAUGUUGGUGAAGCAAUGGCUGUGUCCAGAAGCACUUUUGAUCGUUGCUAUGGUCGAAGCUGGCACAAGUUUCUGGUCCUCAGAUCUCCUUCUGGGGGGAACAAGUGCACAAUUUGCCUCCGCCUUGAGGAGGAGCGGUGCAACGCCAGCACUGAAACAGAAAGGCUUGAAAUAGAUAUGCAAAAACAGGCCCAUUUGGAUAUCACAAAGAAAGACAGGGCAGUCAACACUCGUGGAAACAUCAAAGGUUCUGAGCUUGCCAAUUUCCAGCCAAGCACCCGCCACCAAGGAUUAUCAAGAUAAUGUUGGAUGGCAUGGACCAGCAAAAGUUUUCUAUGCCUAGAGCAAAGCGAUUAAAUGGCACAGCGGAAUAUGGCAAAAGCUGGAAAAGUAACGUGCACGUGGUAGGAGCAAUCGUUUGGGGGAUUGCUGAGAUCUAUUUUUUGUUGCCCAUGGAUAUCCCCAAGGACUCAUCCAUGGAAUGCACACUUCUCAGCCGUGCCUUGGAUUUGGCCAGAGAUUUUCUCAAAGACAUGUCCCCAGACUUUGAUUUGCCAUCUUCUCUCGUGGUGGCCAUUGACAACACCCCUCGCGAAGGAAAAAAUGCAAUCUUUGCAGGAUGGAUGGCAUAUUUGACCAGCAAAAUGUUUUCAUUUUGCGAGGUGCAAUUUAUGCAAGUCUCCCAUACGCAUAAUGAAUUGGACCAGAGAUUCUCUUCAAUGGCCAGUGUGGUGAAAAGGGCCGAGUCACUUCAGAGUUUGGAAGACCUCAAAAGUCACCUCGAGCAGCACAUGGUGCCCUCAGCUGGUCGCCGAAUGCAUGUAGAGAUUGUCCAUAACACCUGGAACUUCAAGCAAUGGUUGGCUUUGGGAACCGAGAGCGAAAUUUCUGGCCUUGUUUCUACAAAGAAAGAAGGGGCCAAUCACCUGUGGCGAUUUUGCCGCCGAGACUUGUUGACAGACGCAAGGCCAGUGGAAUGUGAACACGCAAGGUGGCAAAACCAUCCUUCAGAUCCAGAUGACGUUUGCGUCACUUUCAAGCAAUUCAUGUCAGACAGGGAUAUUUCACAAGCGCCACAGUUGAUCAUGCCCACUCAUGUGUGGCAAGGCUUCAAGAAAUCAGAGUUGACCCCUAUGCACCGCAACCCUCUUGGACCUACCACCUUGGCUGAGUUUCGAAAGACAGCCAAAUUUGUGGGAAGCAACCCUUGGAAUCUGUUGGAGGCCCAAUCUUUUUUGGAGAAAUUUUGCGAUGACAAUGAGAAUGACACAGUGGAUGCGCCUCCAGACCUUGUCUGGGUUUUCUCCCAAGAAGCUGACUUGGGACACCGUGUUCAGCAGAUUGAGCCACUAACAUUUGAAGAGGUGCCAUUGCCUGAAGAAGCGCCGCCCAGAAAAAUCAGAGUGAAAGCAAAGGCAAAAACCACAGUCGUGGUCAAAAGGCCAGCUGCUGCUGUUUUUUCUCGUCCAGCUGCAGCUGCAGUUCCUAGCCUAGAAGCAACAGCGGCCGAUGAAGUACAUGGACCAGCUUCCGCCAAGAAAAUCAAAAGACCUGCUGCUUCCACAGAAGUUUUGGCUGCUUCAAGCGCAGCAGGUUUGGAGGAAGGACCUGUGGCUGCUGCAAGUUUCGAACCCCCGGCUGCAAAUGCAGAGGACAUCGGUGAAGAUCAUGGUUCUGCGCAGCCUUCCAGCCCUUUGUUGGACAGUGUGGAAGCCAUCAAGGGACGGCCAGGGUUUCUUUAUUUUGGAUGCUCAAAACGCAGAAAGAAACAGACUGCCAAGAUUGGAUGCAAAAUGUGCCGCGCAAAAGGAGACAAUCGUGCUGAAGGCUUCCGGAGAUCUACCCAAGGUUGGGUCUAUCGAAUUGGUGAAGAUGUUGAGUGACCAACUCAUGCCGCCGUGUCACAUUGCAAAGCAAUGCUGUCACUUUCACACAUGGUAUCACCGCCACUUUCUGUGAGGA